UCAGCAGCUCCUGGUAGACGAAGGGGAAGACAAACCUACAGUCGUUUCCAAACCCUCGAGUUGGAAAAGGAAUUCCUUUUUAACCCUUACCUGACGAGAAAGAGGAGAAUCGAGGUUUCCCACGCCCUAGCCCUCACCGAAAGGCAGGUGAAGAUCUGGUUCCAGAACCGCAGGAUGAAGUGGAAAAAGGAGAACAACAGGGACAAGUUCCCGGCGUCCCGGCAGGAGGGGAAGGGGGGGGCCUCCGAGGAGGCCGGGGAGCCGGGGGGAGACAGGACUGAAGGCCCCGCGCAUUAACGUCUGCCUUUAAAAUUUUACCACAGACUGUUAAAGCUAACGAUCAACAUAUGCUGGUGGACGCCACCCAUUUUCUUUGUAGGAAGGACUGUACCUGUGUCUCAAGUACCUUCAUGUCACUGCUCUUGAGGUUUCUGGGCUUUGAGAGGGAUUUGGGUGUUUAAGAGGGUUUCUUGUAUCACAUGGGAACGGCCCUCGAGCUGUCCUAUGUAAGGGUAACUUGAUGCUGACUUUAUAGCGAACUUUUUAUAACGGUAGUUUUUAAUGCCUGAGCUGGUGAUUUGCCUCGACAACGUAAACUUCCUAAUGAUUAGCACUAAGUAAUUGAAUAUAAAACGCUUUAUUAAUCAAACAAGUGCACUUGAACAUUUUAAAUCUUUUCUUUAUGGUGAGUAAAUUAAAAGAAGUCUUAUUAAUUUUUUUUAAAAAAUUAUGCCUGCAGAAUAUUUACUUUAUUUUAUUUGAUUAAAGUGUAUUAUUUAUGUAUUUUUCUUUCUGCUUUUAUAAUAAUGGUUCAGGUGCCUUUUGUUUACUCCUAAGAGGUUUCUUUAUUUUGUAAAUGUAGUAUCUCUGGGAAGAGUCUGGGCCAAAUAUUUGAAAAGCACAUGUUAACUGAAGAGAGUAAUGUGUAGUCCCGGCUCUGCAGCUUCCUUAAACUUGGGGAAAAUGUUGUGCCAGUGACAAAAGUUUCAGGGCAAUGUCAACGUUGACAUUUAAUAAUUUUUCUAUAGUCUAUACAAAUAUGGCAACUUAAUAAUCUAGAGUGAGUGAAUACUUGAAAAGCCAGUUAUAACAUUUUCAUUCAUUAAUUUUUCACUCUGGCAAGUAGCUUUGUGGAAUGCUUCUCCUUUUAAAGCUUGCUUUUAUUUUGAAUUGCAUUUGGUAUCGACUGAAACUGCUAGGUCUCAAUGCUGUGGCUGCCACUGUGAUUCUCCCCCCCCCCCUUUUUUUUUGAGUAGGUGCCAUAUUUAUUUGUAUUCCCUUCUCUCUGUUUGCACGCCCAUUUUGAGCCAACUUACUGUGUGCGUCUCAGAUGUCGGUUGGUACGUCCUCUGUUGUUCUCCAGGAUGCCCUCACCUAUUUGAAAUGAGCACUGGGAGCAAAUGCAGAAAAAUCCAAGUGUAAACAGCCGCCCCAGAACAUAGCCAGCUCCUUAAUAAAGAAAUGAAUCUUUUUCUA